AUGUAGACCCGAGCAAUAAGUUAUAUUGUAAGGAGCGGCGAUGAAGCGAAAUCUACAAUAUGUCUUUUCUAAUAUCUCGGCUGUUUUAUGAAUCUGCAUGAAGUUUGCGGCUUAAAUAUACAAUUUUUUCAGAACAUGAUCCAUGAGAUUGAUAUUUCUGACUGACCUUGGAUGUGUUCCUGCACCUGAUGCUGUGCAGCGCUCUCCGCCGCCUGCGUCCCUCCACCUGCAUCCUCGCCUCAACCAGACAUCUGACCCACAUGGGUCCUGUGGAGACCACAAUACGGACCAAACUGGCCCAGGCCCUCAAACCUGAGCACCUGGAGGUCAUGAACGAGAGUCACAUGCACGCCGUCCCUGCUGGUUCGGAGUCCCACUUCAGAGUUCUGGUGGUGAGUCCUCAGUUUGAGGGUCUUUCGCUCUUGCAGCGUCACCGGCUUGUGAACGAGGCUCUGCGGGAGGAGCUCAGCACCUGCGUUCAUGCCCUCGCCAUCCAGGCUAAGACGCCCCAGCAGUGGAGCAGCAACCCUAGCCUGGCCAAAAGCCCCCCGUGCCUGGGAGGAUCCAAGCAUGAUAACACGAUGACUGAGAAACUGAAGGCGGGUCGAGACUGACUGACAAAAACUUACUUAAUAUAAUAAUAAUUAGCUAGGAAGUUUUAUUAGUUGGUUUAUUUUGCCUCAUGGAUAUUUGUCAUCUGGAGCCUAAUGAAGGCUAAUGCUCAGUAUAUAAUUGACUGCAUACAAACAUUAUUUAUUAUUAUUAUGUUGUUCUUAUCGGUUUGGACUAGAUAAGUACAAUAAUAAAAUGUGUUUUAUGCUUCAUUUA